GGAGCUGCAGCAUGAAACGGCAUCUCUGCGGCAGCAACAGUACUGACUUAUGAUGAUUUCAGCUGCUGGGGAUUUUGCAACUUAAUUUGCUUGCUAGUCCUCCAUUAGGUUUCACUCCUUUUUGAGAUUUCCUCCAGUUCACACCGGUCCUACACCUGCUUCCGUGAGAAUCAUGGCGUUGCUGCAAAAAACAUCUGUGUGGGCAGCUUUUUACAUCCUUUGACUCAUACGGACAACUUCAACAAGCCCAAGACAUAAACAGAAACGUCUGAGGGCAGAAAUCAUCCAACUCUCUGAUGGAGAGGAAGGCACAUUACGAUUCUAUCCUGGACCGAAGCAAACGCAUCACGUGGCAGGACGACUGCUACGUGGAUCUCCAGUCCACGUCCUGCUCCCUCUCCUCUCAAGCGGAAACAGAAGAUCUUGGCUGGAUCCAAAAGCAUCAAGACCAGCUGCAACGCUUCACUACGGCCCCCUUCCUGGAGGGGAUGUUAACCCACCUGAGGAGGGUGGAUGUGCUGAGUUCAGCUGAGGAGUCCAAGGUCAAGGGAGCGGGUCGGCUUCAGGACCAGGUUAACAUGCUCACAACUAUUGUCACCGGCAAGGACGCUCAAGGCUCGGAUGCUCUCCGGGGUUUCAUAGAGAGCUCCGAUUCUCAGGUGGCCCAGCUCAUCAUCAAUCACGAUUCCAUGGUGAAGGAGCACAAAGAGUUGGUGUUACGGCGAUACGAGCAGUGCAGAGACAGAGACUCAGUCAGCUGCCCCAAACUGAACAUCUCCUCGAGAACCUUACUCCUGGUCGACGGACUUUCCGACAUCCAGCAAAAGGAACAUGACUUAAUGCAAGUGGGGGCGACGAGAGGAAGGAAAAGAAAUCAUCUCAGACAGCUGGGGCUGACCAAACUCUUGGAGCCUCUGACCCGGGUCAGUUUACCUCCCCGGGUCUCCCUCACAGUCGGGGUGGCCGGCAUCGGCAAGACAACCUGGGUCCGACACUUCAUCAGACAGUGGAGCCAAGGGGCCAUGUGCACAGACGUGAGCUUCGUCUUGCCUUUCACUUUUUGCGAGCUGAACUCGCUGGAGAAAGUCUCCGCUGAGAGGCUGGUGAAAAUGGCUUUUCCUCAUUUAACCGACCCCAGCGUGGUCCUGAGCGGCUCCUGCCGCACGCUGCUCAUACUUGAUGGUUUGGACGAAUUCCGCUGCACUUUAAACUUCUCCGACGCAGCUUCUUGCAGCGACCCAAAGAAAGAAGUGUCCAUUGAUGACCUCAUUACCAACAUCAUCCGGGGGAACCUGCUCCCUGACGUAUCAGUGUGGGUGACCUCCAGGCCGGGAGUGGCCUCACUAAUCCCUGGAGGAUUAGUUGACAGGGUGACUGAGAUCCCAGGAUUCAGCCCGAAGGACAUCCAGCUCUUCCUGAACCAUCACUUCUCUGAGAAGGAUUUUGCUGGUAAAAUAUGGGCGCACUUGGAGUCCCAUAAGAUCUUAAUGGUGAUGUGCUACAUACCGUGCAUUUGCUGGAUAGUAGCUGAUACUCUGAUGUACAUCAUGCAGAGUGGAACUCAAGAGAGCCUCCCGAGGACUUGCACUGAGCUUUACGCUCACUUUUGUUCCAUGAAGGCAGAAGUGGGCGAACCAAGAGGCAGGGAGCCUGUGAAAAUGGAGCAGCACCAUGGGAGCAAUCGUAAACUGUUGGGAAACCUUGGACGACUGGCGUUUUACGGCCUCAUCAAACACAAGUACACCUUCAGCGAGCAGGACCUCAGGGCCUACGGGAUAGACCUACUGUUAACUCAGUGCAGUCUUGGUGCUGGAGUUCUUGUUCGGGAGGAGUCGGCCAUACAAACAACAUACCGGUUCACUCAUUUGACUCUGCAGGAGUUUCUUGCAGCUACUUUCUACCACACCUCCUCCAAGCGGGCCAUCUUUGACUUAUUCUCAGAGAGCACCAUGUCUUGGCCCAAGAUCGGUUUCCAGAACCACUUCAGAAGUGCCUUUCAGCACUCGCAGCAAGCUGAAGACGGUCACCUGGAUGUGUUCGUGCGCUUCCUGACAGGCCUGCUGUGCCCGGUGGCGCUGAAACCUCUCGCCGGGCUCCUGGCCCUCGGAAAAGAUGACGGCAAUCAAAAGACGUGGGCGGCGGGAGUUUUACAAGGCCUCUUGGUCAGCGGGGGUGGUGUGGUGUCCCUGCGUGCGGUCAACCUGGCUUAUUGUUUACAGGAGCUGCAACACACGGAGCUGCUGCGGAGCGUAGAGGAGGAUUUACAGCUCGGUAGCCUGGCGGGGAAGUUAACACGGGCUCACUGUGUUGUGCUGGGCUACCUGCUGCACGUGUCUCCAGAGUGCAGUGAGCAGACCAACCUGACAGGCUCUCUGAGCUUCGCGACGGUGAAAUGUUUGCUCCCACAGCUGCUGUACUGCAGCUAUCUCAGGUUAGAGAAUAAUCACUUCAAAGAUGAUGUCAUGGAGUUGCUGGGAAGCCUCUUGAGUGCCAAAGACUGCCAUAUCCAGAAGAUGAGUUUGGCAGAGAAUGCCAUCAGCAACAAAGGUGCCAAAGCCCUGAGUCGAGCCCUCUUGGUGAACCGGACGCUAACGUCUCUCAAUCUCCGGAACAACAACAUCGGCUCUAAAGGUACAAAGUUCCUGGCAGAGGCUCUGAAAAUGAACCAAGUCCUGGUCUCAAUCAACUUCCAGAACAACGCCAUUGAGGAGGAAGGUGCUCAGGCCCUCGCAGAAGUGCUGCACUGCAACCGCAAACUGGUGUCUCUGAACUUGCGGAAGAAUACGAUUGGAGCGGGAGGAGCCAAAAGGAUAGCAGAGGCGCUGAAGACGAACCGGACUCUCACAAAGCUGAUUCUCUGUAGCAACCAGCUCGGGGACAAAGGGACUAUCGCUCUGGCCGAGGCUUUGACAGUCAAUCACACCUUGCUCUCGCUCCAACUUCAGAGUAACUCGAUCAGCAACAGAGGGAUGACGGCCUUAACCAAAGCACUCCGGCUGAACCAUGGCCUCGUCUCCUUGAAUUUAAGGGAGAACUCCAUAGGGGUGGAAGGAGCAAAGAACAUGGCCCAUGCCCUCCAUGAGAACAACUCGCUACAGGACCUCGAUCUCACAGCCAACCUGUUGCAUGACGAAGGGGUUCAAGCAAUAGCCGGCGCAAUCAAGUUUAACCGAGGUCUCACCUCUCUGCAUCUCCAGUGGAACUUCAUCAAGUCCUCCGCCACUAAAGCUCUGGCCCAUGCACUCCUCUCCAACGCCACAAUGCAGCUCUUGGAUCUACAGGAGAAUGCUGUUGGGAAUGAAGGCGUCAUUUUUCUUGCUGAAGCCCUGAAAACCAACGCGUCUCUGCGUACAUUAUGUCUCCAGGGAGUCUCGGCGAGCACAAGUGGCGCCCUUGCGCUGGCAGAGGCUCUGACGGCCAACCAAACCCUGCAGACGUUAGAUCUACGUGGGAACACUGUGGGGAUGGAGGGAGCGAAGGCUCUGGCCAACGCACUGAAAAGCAACAGAAGCCUCAAGUCGUUGAAUCUGCAGGAGAACUCUCUGGGUAUGGAUGGAGCCAUAUUCAUUGCAACAGCCUUGAAGGGAAACCACCAACUGACGUACAUCAAUUUGCAGGGAAAUGGCAUCGGAGAAUCGGGAGCAAAGGUCAUAUCUGAUGCUAUAAGAGCCAACGCUCCGGGCUGUGUGGUGGACAUCUGAUGUGGGAAAGAGCAGCUUCUACUGAGGAAAGUCGCACAUGUAACAUAGAAAUAACAGGUUAUAAGCAGUGUUAUCAGAAAGUGUACUAUGUAAUUUAGUUAAUAUUGGUGCUGGAUAUCACUCUGUAACUGUUAUACUGUAUUUAAAGAUGUAUAUUCACAUAUUUAUUACGACAUUAUUAUUGCAGUACUAGUUGCCAUAAGGGAUGAAAAAUAAGACCCGGCUGGGGGGAAGAUAUUUAGAGUCGGCAUCCAAAAUUACAGAGUAGAGCCGCAUCCCUCUUGUUUGUCCUAAUUAAGAUGUCAUUGUGUACAUUUGCUCUAUUUGCACAAAUGAAUGUGGUGGAUAGCAAUAAAAUGGACACUGACAUUCACUCAGCAGUUUUA